CCGGCCGCCAGCCAGUGGCGGUAGCAGUAGUACUAUCCACAGCUCAGCAUUGCCUUCCAUGGCCUCCUCCUCCUGCUCCAGUUGCCGCAGAGAUCAUUUCACCGUACUCGCCGUCCUCCUCGGCAUUGCGCUCCUCUUUGCCGGCAAUGCCGUCUUCGUGGACGCGUACUACCCCGGAGGCGGCGGCGGCGGCGACUACAGGAACCAGUUCUUGGUGCAGCAGAACGUGGCGCGCGCGUCGAUGGGCCUGCCGCCGCUGAGCUGGGACGAGCGCGUGGCGGCGUACGCGCAGUGGUACGCCGAGUCCCGGCGCGGGGACUGCGCGCUGGUGCACUCGUCGGGGCCCUACGGGGAGAACCUCUUCUGGGGCAGCGGCACGGGUUGGGCGCCGGCGCAGGCCGUGGGCGCGUGGCUGUCGGAGCGCCCCCGGUACGACUACUGGAGCAACAGCUGCUACGGCGGCAUGUGCGGGCACUACACGCAGAUCAUGUGGCGCAACACCCGCCGGGUGGGCUGCGCCAUGGUCACCUGCUACAACGGCAGGGGCACCUUCAUCACCUGCAACUACGACCCGCCCGGCAACUACGUCGGCGUGCGGCCAUACUGACGGGCCGCCGGUGAUCACCUGCCUCCUGCACGAUGUCUUAAAUCGUCGGCCACUCUCCGUACACAGCUAGCUAGCUAGACUGCCGGCACGGCGCAGCAGCCUAUCUCUUGCUGUCCCAUUGAUUCAUCGUUACAUCGAGAUGCUACAAGCGUACAAAAUGCAUGAUCUUUACUACUAUCACUACUACUACUUCUACAUUUGCUGCUUCUUUUUCGUCCUGCCAAGAUAUAUAUUCUGAGGUUAUCGGCAGGACCCGGGAAACUACAAUAAACUGAGCUAAUCCAGCAGACUAACUACUUGUUCUGUCCAACACAAUGAGACCCUUUUUGCCCUUCUUGGACACUGCAUUUCUGCUGUGAUGUAGCCUGUUGAAGACACUUUGCAUGCAGUUGCAAAAGUGGGUCUUGCGAUGCCGUUCCAAGAAUGACAG